AUGAAGCCAACCGCAUCGCCGCUGCCAAAGUCAAACGCGGAGCACGCAGAUCACAGCUACGCGCAAACAGCAACGCCGACGCACAACCACUCCCAACCUGUCCUCGAUGCCAACGAACAUUCCGGGCACGAAGUGGACUUAUUGGACACCUUCGGACUAACUGCACCUCUGGGACCGCACCAACCGUCGUCCCUCCGCCCGCCUCUUCCUCGUACGCUCCGUCGCCAACUAACUCUGACUACUCUUCUGAACCCCUAGUUCAAUCCUCUUCCUCCACCUCCUCCUCCUCUUCCUCCUCCUCCUCCUCCUCCUCCUCCUCCUGCACUGCCCCAACGAAGGCCGCUCUGGCGGCCGUCACGCACAACAGCAUCACACAAAAAUUCGACGUCGCCUGA